UACACGGAAGCAUGACAGGGACACGUUUGUACGGACAUUCACUUUUGUCAGUCGAUUUCUCGUUUUCCACACUCCAACAGGGCUCUGAAGAUGUGCGCUGCUCCUACAGAUGAAUUGGUCCAACAGUGGGAGAGUGAGCAGGCCUGUCUCAGGCAGCAGGUGGUGGAAGAGGACACGGAGGACUGGCAGAGGAAUCCAGCCUUCUCAGGCCUGGAGCGAGUUGGAGGAGUGGAUCUGUCCUUUAUCAAAGGGGACGACGUAAACGCCUGUGCUCAGCUCGUGGUGCUCAGUUACCCUGACAUGGAGGUGCUAUAUGAGGACAGUCAGAUGGUGACCCUGACAGCUCCCUACAUAGCUGGAUUCCUAGCCUUCAGAGAAACCCCUUUCCUCCUAGAGGCUCUGCAACGGCUGAAGAAGAACCAACCUGAGCUUCUUCCUCAGGUGGUGUUUGUGGAUGGGAAUGGUCUCUUCCACUACAGAGAGUUCGGCCUGGCGUGUCACCUGGGAGUGCUGUCAGGGCUGCCGUGUGUGGGCGUGGCCAAGAACCUGCUGCAGGUGCAGGGUGUGAACAAGAGUGAAGAGCACCAGUCACAGAUAGCUGCUCUGGAGAAAGGAGGAGACAGCUUCCCACUCACAGCCGCCUCGGGCAAAGUGCUCGGAAAGGCACUGCGAAGCUCCGACAAGAGCUCCAAGCCAGUGUAUGUGUCCGUUGGCCAUAAGAUAAGCGUGGACACAGCUGUACGCCUCACACACUCCUGCUGCCGCUACCGGGUUCCAGAGCCUAUCAGACAGUUGCUGCAGCCACUGGACUCUGGACCUCCACAGAGAGAUUGGAGGACGGUCGGAGAGAGACAAAAGUGCAGCCCUGGGAUUGAUGUGAGAGAGAGAAGAGGACAUGAGAGGCCGACUGUCGCUCCAGGGAAUACCUUCGCAUACACUUCCCAACUGCAGAUACAUGAAUCAUAGAAUGAGGUUACCAAAGAUGCACCAGAAGACCUCGAGAGCCCUGAGGAGAUGCAACUAUUAAACAGACCGCCAGUUUCUUUUUAUAUGUGUGUUUGAGUGUGUGUCCGUGCGUGAGAGAGGAAGAGAAAGAGACAAAGUGUUUCCACAUGAAUGAGAGCGAAAGAGUUAUUUUAGUCAAGUGAGAAAGAUGGAGCGUGAGUUUUAACUUUCAUGUGCUUUUAAAAGUGUAGCUGUUUUAGGGCCAAGACUGUCUUAUUAAAUGAAUCUUUUUAUGCAGUCGCUCCACAUUUUAACGGAUAUGGGUCACAGAGACUCUUUUUAUACACUGUUCUCAUUACAUUUUUGGGUCACUCAGCCUUUUACACUGGAAGCCUUGUAAAUAAAUCAUAAAUGUCCCUGA